GCUUUUCUGUAUAGCCUGAUGUGGUUGUUAGAGAGGUCCAGCAUUUCUGUGUUCUCAAAUAAUAUGCUGUGUCCAGGUUGGUUCAUCAAGUGCUCUGCUAUGGCUGAUUUCUCUGGUUGAGUUAGUCUGCAGUGCCUUUUCUUGAUUUGCGUUUGAGCAAUGCUGCUGCAUUUGGUGGCCCCUCUGUAGACUUGUCCACAGCUGCAUGGUAUCCGGUAGACUCCUGCAGAGGUGAGAGGAUCUCUUCUGUCCUUCGCUGAAAGUAGCAUUUGUUGGAUUUUCUUAGUGGGUCUGUAGAUAAUUUGUAGGUUGUUUCUUCAAUAGUUUGCCUAUGCAGUCAAUGGUUCCUUUGAUGUAUGGUGAAAACACUUUUCCUUUUUACUCUCCUGGCUUGUUCUUGGCCUUGCAGCUCUUCUGAUGUCCAUGGCGGAGUAUCCAUUGGCCUGUAGGUGGUUCAGUUCACCUUGGAGGAGGUGAGGUUCGCAGAUUCUUUGUGCCUGGUCUGUCAGGGCUUUGAUUGUGCUUCUUUUUUGACUUGGGUGAUGGUUGGAGUUUUUAUGAAGAUAUCUAUCCCUGUGAGUAGGUUUUCUGUAAAUUGUGUGGCCCAACUGUUGAUUGGGUUUGCGUUUUUCAUUUCGGCAGCUGUAUGAACCAGCCAAGCUAAACUACAGGGCAGGAAUCCGGAGAUACAUCACUACUAACAGAGACCACACGGGGGUGGACUCCUCCUCGCGAGAAUAUCUCAGAGGGCCUCGCCUCCGAGCAGCCACUCCGUCGCCAUGGAGACAGCGUCUCUUAGCCCCUCCUGAGCCGGGAGACGCGCGCCGGCAAUUUCCCGGGAAAAGUUCGGAGGGCUCGCGCGCAGCAAGAAACGGAGAGCAUGAAAAGCAGCGGCAGCCGCCCUUCCUCCUCCCCCUCUUCCUCCCCCUCCCCCUCUCCUUCCAGGCUCAUCGAUGUGAGCAACAAUGCCCCGCUGCUGCUGCCGUCCCCCGACACCACCGUGGCGGAGCCAGAAUCAGAGCGUGUUCACAACUAUUUUCUCUUGGAUGUUCCUGUCACUCGAGAACAGCUCAGCCACUAUCGUAAUGCAGCAGAAACAGCUCGCAGUGAACUUGCCGCACUUCUAGUGAAGUAUGAAUGUGCCCAGGCAGAGCUUUUAAACCUCAAAUCCAAAUUAAUAUCUAAAGAAGUAUAUAUUGAAGAAAUGAAGGCUGAAAUUGGAAGCUACAAGGAGAAUGAUGCGAGGCAAUCUUCUUUGCUCAUUUCUGUACAAAGUAGACUUCAAGAGAUUGAGAAGGAAUCUGGUGCAUUUGCCAUUUUGAAAAAACAAGCAGACCAGAAAGCACAGACCAUUCUCCAGGAGAAUUUGGAAAUGAAGGGGAAAAUCAGUGAACUAGAAGCUGAAAUCAGGAAAUGUUUAAAUGAGUCUGAAGAGAUCCAGAUCUUAGCCUGUAAGACCAGCAGGGAACACCAUGAAUUCAGUGCCCAUCUUUGUAAUCUCUUUGACAUGGGCGUAAGAGGUAAAGAAGAGCCAAAGGAACUUUUGCUUGCAAAGGUGGGUGACAUGUGUAAAGAAAAUGCAGUGCUGAAAGGACAAAUUGCUACACUUAAGGAAACCAUAAAUCUUCAUGAGGUGGAAUCAAAAGCUAAUAGAGAAACCAUCACACGGCUUGUCUCAGAAUUGAGCAGAGCGCAGGAAAAAUCAGCAGCUUGCUCUCAGGAUGUGGAAAAGCUAAGUGAUGAUUUAAAGAUCAACAUAAAAGCUAAGCAGAGUCUGGAGAAGGAGAUGAGGAACCUUGAAGACAGACUGAAUGCUGUUCAAAGAGCCUGGGAGGCUUCACAGGAAGAGCUUAGCCUCAUGAAGAAAUGCUGCAGUGAAAAAGAGGAGGCAUUGAAAAGUACCAUAAGGGAGGCCAGUGCCGCAAAAAGUCUGCACAAUGCCUUCAGAGAGCAAAUUCUUGCCCUGCUUAGGAGUAAUUCCAUUGCAGUCAAUCUAUCUACAGAGGACAUUGUGGAAAAAGUUCGAGAAAUGUGCAACAAGGAGGAAAGUAAAAAUACGAUGGUAUUCCAGCUGGAAACCCAAAUAGCUAAACUUACCAAGACACUGGAGACUCAGAAAAUGUUGUACCAGGAGGCUUUGCAAAGGGCCAGAAAAACUGAAAGCAGUUCUGAGGCAUUGCAUGAUCAAUUGAUGCGUCUGGAAGGCGAGCUGGUAUCUGGGGACGUGAUACGAGAUACUCUGAAGCUUGAGAAACAAAAAUAUCUUAAGUUUCUGGAUCAACUUUCUGAAAAAAUGAAUCUUGACAAAAUGGCAGCUGAUAUUGGAUUUGACAUGAGAUUGGAUGCAGUAUUGGCUCGUGUGGAACAAUUAGUCAAACUGGAAGGAGACACGUUGAUAGAAAAUAAGAUCAUAGCACGGAAUCUGCAAAGGAAGCUGAAAACUCAGAAAGAACAAUUUGACAACAAAGAGCUACAGCUGAAACUUUUGCGUCAGAAGAUAGCUCAGUUGGAAGAAGAGAAGCAUGUGCGCACAGCUCUGGCAGUGGAAAAAGACGAAGCUAAUCUUACAGUCAGAAAGUUACAAAAAAAGCUGGAAAGGUUACAGAAUGAACUUGUUUUGGCAAGAGAAACAAACACAGAGCUUAAGGUUAAGCUGGCUGACACCAAUGAAUUGAAGAUCAAAACGCUGGAACAGGACAAAACUAUAGAAGAUCUAAGCAAGUCCCAGGAGAACCUGGAAAAGUUGAAGGCUAAAGCUGAGAGGCAGCUGACCUCUGUCAAGUCUGAGUUACAUGUUGUAGAGCGGGAUGCAAAGGAAGAUAAAGAAAAGGCCAAAAACAUGCUGGAAUCUGUUAUGAAUGAACUCACAACACUCAAGUCUGCUUUGGAAGAAGUAAUGAAAAGAAAGGAACAGCUAUCAAACUUCAGAGAAGUAGUCUCCCACAUGCUGGGCCUUAAUAUUGCCACUGUUACUCUUCCUGACUAUGAAAUAACAACUCGCCUGGAGGAGCUGAUCCAUGCUCAUCAGCAUCAUUUUGUUCCUUGUGUCUGCUUCAAAGAUGAACCUUUGCAUUUUCUUCAUUGAAAGAAGGCAGUGGAAUUUCCUUUGCCACUUGUCUUUUUCUCUUUGCCAAUGUAGAUGUUCUAGAACGUGACUUUAGAGCAUUAAAACACUGUAAAAGCACUGUUACAAAUAAAACCUUUUACUUCCAA